AUGCAGAAGGAAGGUUGGUCAAGAGUUUCUUAUCGGAAACGUUAUGUGGUGAGAUGGGAUACAUUCCCGUUUGGUGGAAGAAAUCGGAAUGAUUCUUCUGGCCCUGUAACUUCUAUGUAUGUUUCAGCUUUUCCAGAGGAUUAUUCAGCAAAGAAUUUAUUCGAAUUAUUUGGGUGCUCGGGCAACGUGGCAGAGGUCGCUAUUUCUCCGAGAAGGAAUAAGUUUGGUCGGCGGUUCGCUUUUGCUAGGUUCACCGAUGUUGUAGAUGGAAGGAUUUUAGCGAUUCGUUUGGAUAACAUUCUGAUAGAGAGCAAGAAAAUUCAUGUUAAUUUGCCCAAAUUCAAAAGGGAGGAGUGGACGAAGGGGGGAUUGAAUCUAUCUACAGCCAAAAGGGAAGGUUUUAAAGGAAAGGAGAUAGACAGGGGUAGCGGUUCUGUUGUGCAAAAGAGGUAUUCUUCUACCUACGUAGAGGCAGUGGGUUGCGCCUCAAAGGGGGAGGUGGACAUUGAGGUCACAGGGAAUGACAAAGUGUUACUCGAUUUCAAAACCGACAACGAUUUACGAAGACGAUUCGAAAAAGCUUAUGUGGGUAAGGUGUGUGUUUCGGGUUCAGCUUACAACGUUCAAACUCAUCUGGAGAUGGAGGGAGUUUUCGCAAUCAAAGUCACUCCUCUAGGCGGUAAUAAGUGCUUAUUAGAAGAAAGAGAGGAAGGCUUUAUCGAUGAUUUGAUAAAAGAGGGAGAAACGUGGUGGCAGUCUUGGUUUAUAAAUAUUGUUAAGUGGGAGGCAGGUAUAAUUGACUCGUCAAGGGACGCUUGGUUCAGGAUAUACGGAAUACCGGCUCAUGCUUGGAGCUCCGAGUUUUUCGUAGCUUUGGCACAUUCAUGGGGAAGAUUCAUAUGUGUUGAUGACAAUACGGAAAAAGGGGAGGCAUUGGAUGUGGCUAGAAUCAUGGUGAAUAUUCCGUUAUCGUUAUCUAUUCCUGAUUGCAUUUCCGUCAACAUCGACGGUAUUAUGAGCAAACUGUUCAUUAGAGAAGACGUUGCAGGAGUGUAUCGUUCGGUGGUUGGUAACCAAGUUGUGCAAUCUUCUGAUGAAGAUUCCUCAGAAUCCGAUUACGUAUGGCGCGAUGGAACUUCUGUCCCAGAUUCUAAUGCAGGGUCCGAAGAAUCUACAGACAGUAUCCAACAAUUUUCGAGUAACGUCGAUACUAUUCUGAAAGGUCCUUAUAUUAAAGACGGGUUACUUGACUCAGCCGAUGGAGCGUCGGACUCUCGUUUCAGCAAGGUAGAUGGUGGUAUAUUCGAUUGUUCUGUCUCUGUUAUUAGAAAAUCUAAGGAAGGGUGCGGUCAAGGCAGUAUGGCUGGUGGUGAUGUUGGUGUCCAAUCCGUCUCCAUGAGGUCUGUUAGUAAGGAGGUGGACGGGGACAAGGUAGACGUGAAGGGUGUCACUCCGUGGGUGAAGAGCGGUGAUAUUCUAGGUGGUGUUCUUUCUACGGUUUCACAGACUGUGCUGCAUCCGGUUCAGGAGGGUUUGAGACCCUCUAUGGUUCGAUGCUCUUUAGAUAGAAAUGAUACAGGUGGAGGAAAGAAGAUAUAG